AUAUACGGAGGCAAUAAAACACUGUGUAUACCAAACCAAUAUUUUAACCCAGUAUUGUGUCGUGGAAUGCAUUAAACAUUCGACUGAAAUUUGUUCAUUGUGUGCUGGCAAUCGCAUAUUUCAACAUUGAAUGAAUGGAUGUUUCGUUACAAGACAUUUAGUCUCUUGCUGGAAGUUAGCAUAUAUUGGAGGCUGAGCAUCACUGUGGUGGGCGGUCCCGGUCUUUUGGCAAAUAAGUAUGACCCAAUAUUAUAUUCAGAUAUUAGUUUCUAAUCAAAGCCAUUGCAAAAAUACAUUGUCAUAGCUACCAGGAGCAAGUCAUUGAAGAUGGCUAUGCGCGAUCUUCUAGAAGGAGAGUGUGGUGGUCCUAAUGCUGUUGCGAAGCUUACAUCUCAUGUAACCAGGGACAGAGCCCACCGCCAGAACGAGCUGCGCCACCUGGCGGGGCCGGCCACCGCCUCGCCGCGCAGCCUGGUCGACGCCACCGACGACCAGGUGGUGCAGGAAUUCCUACGUGAAGCGUCGCGGCCCGAGACGCGCGGUCCGACCUCGUUUCGGAUGAGCUCGCUGCUGCAAGAGAUGCGUGAAAUCGAGCGGGGCAGCUCGCGGCGGCCGGUAACGGCGCCAAACGUGGCGCACCUGGCCGCCGAGCCGGCCGUCUGGGCCGAACAGUUCAGCACCGUACAGCGACAGCAGGGGGACGAGGCCAGGGACUGGGCGCUGGAGCUGUCCCGGGACGCGGCGCCGCCGCCGGGCGUGGCCGCCUCCGGCUUUCUGCCUGUGCACUGGUCGGCCGACGUCGUAGGACGACCCAUCAAUCAACCUGCGACUAACCCGCUGGACGAGGUGCAGUGGCUGGACCAGUACAAGCCGUCCGAGGACACCGAGCUGCAGCGAACCGCCGACCAGAUCUUAGGCUCCGCCGACGACCCCGACUUCUCCGGCUCAGAGUUCAUGAGUUUCCUGGCCAAGAUUCGAGACGGAGAGGUGUCGCUGCCUGAGCCGGCGGCGGCCGAGGUCCACGAGACGGCACAGGCCGACCCCGUCACAGUGGCAGAUGUCCCGGAGGAGCCGGCGGAGGCGGCCGCGCCGGAGGUCGACUCGGCCGGCAUGAGUCCGCGCGCGCGCGAGGAGUUCUGGGCCCGUCUGGAGCGCGAGUGGGCCGAGCUGUACAAGUCUGACGAGCACCCCUGGCUCUCCUCGGACAACACCGAUCCCUUCAGUCUGCAGGAGUACCGCUUCGAGCCGGACAACGGGCACACGGAGGACCCGGACCCGCUGGCCGAGGGACAACGGCGGCUGGCGGCCGGCGACCUGCCCGGCGCCGUGCUCUGCUUCGAGGCGGCCGCCCAGCGGCAGCCGGAGAGCGUGCUGGCCUGGCGCCUGCUUGGCACCAGCCUGGCUGAGAACGAACAGGACCCGCAGGCCAUCACGGCUUUGAGGAAAUGCAUUGAGCUGGAGCCGACCUGUCUUCCGGCCUACAUGGCUCUAGCAGCAUCUUACACCAACGAGUCGUAUCCAAUGCAAGCCUGCGCCACACUCAGGGAGUGGCUGCGGCACCACUCGGACUACAGGCACCUGGUGUCAGAGGAGGCCGCCGCGCGGCCGGCCGGCGUGUUUCAGCCGUCCGUGGUUACGCCCGACUUCCAUGACCGGGUGCGGGACGAGUUCCUGGCGGCGGCGCGGCUGCGGCCGAGCCGGCCCGAUCCGGACGUGCAGUGCGGCCUGGGCGUGCUGCUGCACAUGGCCGGCGAGUACGAACGCGCGGUGGACUGCUUCAACGCCGCACUCAUCGUUCAGCCAGAGAACGCGCAGCUGUGGAACAAGGUGGGCGCCACGCUGGCGAACGGUGACCAGCCGGAGCGGGCGGUGGCCGCCUACAGCCGGGCGCUGCAGCUGUCACCCGGCUUCAUCCGCGCCCGCUUCAACCUGGGCAUCAGCUGUCGCAGCCUCAACGCCAACCGCGAGGCCGUGGAGCACUUCAUGACGGCGCUGGAGCACCAGGCCAGCAGCCGCGGCGCCAGCGGCCAGCGCUCGGCCCAGGCCAUGUCGCACAACAUUUGGUCCAUGCUACGCAUGACGCUGGCCACCAUGGGACGCAGUGACCUGUUCACCGCCGUCGACUCACGCGACCUGGCCACCCUGAGCAGAGAGUUCGGCUCCGGCGGCGGCGGCGGCGCCGGCCAGCCCUGACCGGCGCCGGCCAGCCCUGACCGGCGCCGGGCCCGGGGCGACGCGGCACCUGCGACCGCGGUGCGACGGCGCGUGCGCGCUAACCUCGUCCGUCUCGUGUCUCGCGCGCGCGUGCGGCUGGCCCAACGCGUUGUAGCGUCGCGAGCCGCUGCAUGGCGCCAGCUGUUAUGAUCAUCCAAGUAUCGCUCCACGUGUUUGCGGGAGCGCCUGCGGCCUGAUGACUGGAGCAAGUGGACCCGGUACGCCGGCGUGCUCCCGCCGGUCUCCUGCUGCCGCCGGCGGCCGGCGACAUCGGGGCUGUGGCGGCCGGCGGGCCGUGCGGCUCGAUAGUCGGGAGCCAGUACGGGGUGUAGCGUCGACCGACGCGGGGCAGGUGCUCUUUAUACAUGUGGCGGGAGACACGUAUAUACGCUGCGCGCCAACGUACGUGGUCGUGUCGCCGUGGAGGCCGGUACGUCAAUUGACCAGUUUGUUAUCGCAUGGUACGCAAUAGUAGCGUUGUUGGUAGUUGUGAAGCUUUAUGCUCGUCUGAUUCUGCAAGACGCUUACAGGUGGGUAGUGGACAGUAAUGGGGUGCCAGACGUAGCCUGCUUUUUGCCCCAGAACGGGCGCCUUUCUAUUCCUGAUGGCGUAAUAUAUGUGAUCAGCUAAACUGCA